AUGGCUGUUGGUGUCAUCCAAAACGAGUGGCACAUCCAAGAGCUGAAGGCGACGGGCACAGCGCACUUCUUCAACUUCCUCCUCAACUCCAGCGACUACCGCAUCCUGCACGACCGCAUGUACGUGGGCAGCAAGGACUACGUCCUCUCGCUGGACCUCCACGACAUCAACCGCGAGCCCCUCAUCAUCCACUGGCCUGCAUCCCAGCAGAGAAUCGAGGAGUGCAUCCUGUCGGGCAAGAACAGUAACGGGGAGUGUGGCAACUUCAUCCGCCUGAUCCAGCCCUGGAACCGGACCCACCUCUACGUCUGCGGCACCGGUGCCUACAACCCCAUCUGUGCCUUCAUCAACCGCGGGCGCAAGGCCCAGGAUUAUAUCUUCUACCUGGAGCCAGACAAGCUGGAGUCGGGCAAGGGGAAGUGUUCCUAUGAUCCCAAAGUCGACACUGUCUCUGCGUUAAUAAAUGAAGAGCUCUACGCUGGCGUCUACAUCGACUUCAUGGGUACAGACGCAGCCAUCUUCCGCACCAUGGGCAAGCAGACAGCCAUGAGGACAGACCAGUACAAUUCCCGCUGGCUCAAUGACCCGGCCUUCGUCCGUGCCCAGCUCAUCCCUGACAGCAGUGAGAGGAACGAUGACAAACUCUACUUCUUCUUCCGGGAGAAGUCGGCCGAUGCCCCGCUGAGCCCUGGGGUCUACUCCCGCAUUGGGCGCAUCUGCCUG